UACGAACCCACCAGCUGAUGUGUCGCGCUACAACUGCGGUGUCUCCAUAGACUCCGUUCUCGAGUCAUCUAGCGCUUGCGCGUUGUAAACAAAACAGGCGAUUAUUAAUUCGUGAUUUGCUUAUUUGCAAAUGUUUGAAACAAAGAAAUAAUAAUGUGUUAGUAAAGUGCUUCAACGAUCUAAAACGCAUUGAGUUGCGACGCUUAGUGAAGUCGAGAGUAGGGAGAGGUGUGAGGUUAAGUGGAGAUAUUUUGGCGCCAAUCAACGACUAUUUAGAGUCACGACUGUUUUCAUGUCAGGAUGGAUAGUAAUCAGCGAUCGAGAGAUAGUAGCAGGACAACCGCCUUACUAUCACGAACUGCAGGUAUUAGGGAGUUCAGAAGGUAUUUUAGUCUUGUGUCCAGGACACUCACACCUUCCCCAGAUGAAGAACACGAGGAUGACCCUCUUCUCGAUUUGGAAGUGCUGCUAAGACAAACCUGGAAUAUUUUUGGCAUUUCAGCGCUAUUUGAUUUCAAAUGCGACGACGAAGUGCGAAUGAAAAGUUACGGCAAGAAACUACGCGAAGAAGUUGCAGCGAAUUUAUCAAAUGAGGAUGUAAGCUACGAGGCUAAAAUUAGCGUGUUAGAAAUUAAGAGACCUAAAGAAACGGAUCACCCUAUUGUUCAAAUAGAAGUCCAGGCGAAAAUAAUGACGAGGGAAACCCAGCAAAAGACUCUAGUGUACCGAGGUUUUCUGAUAUCCUGGCGUACCGAACCAACUGACUUACUCACCGAAAACUCCACGCGUCUACCAUUACUCUUGUGUCGAGGUACAGUGAGAACAAUGCGCGCAGUGCACGCGAUUCUAGGUCGAAUGUUCGACUGUAUGAUCGUCUCUUUACCGACUAAUGCGGAGGAUCUCGCUUGGUUACUACCGAUCUUUAUCAGUCCUGGUGGAGGUCAAGAUACGAUCAAAGAACAUCACGAGGCAUUACUUGAAUAUUCUGUUCCCGGACUACACAAAUCCGAAUGCCUCCAUAUUAGGUUUCUGAUUAAGGACUUAAUGGAAUUGUGGAAGAGUGUUUCAGACGAUAAGGAUAGAAUAGAUGUAGAAGAAAUUGACGAAUUUCAUAAAAUACUACAGCAGCAAGUCAUGGAAAUUGGAGGUGUACAUUUAGGACUUUGUUUACUGCAUAGGAUACACCUUCCUUCAAUAGUCAUAUCCGAGUCAAAGAUGAAAAUAAUGAAUGUUGAAACCAUGAAUACAAUUUUGACAUAUCUCAAUGAAAAAGCACUGGAAUGCCUUCAUUUAAAUACAUCACAGCUAAGUACCUCCAAGUAGCAAUAUUUAUAUUUAUUUUUUCAUACUAACUGUAUUUUUUAUUAUCAAUAUGUAAAUAAUAAGAAAAAUUGAACCUUAUCAGGAAACACUGUAAACUUAUAUAUACAUAAUCGAACGUUUAUUUUAAGAAUUCAGAAAAAUAGAAAAUUAAAGCUGAAAAACUGUUCACACCUUGUUCGAAGGUCGCAUUUAAUUUUCUUAUCUGAAUACACGACAACAAUGUGCUUAUACAGUUCAAUGAAAUUUUCGUUAAAUAUCUCGUGUAUUUUAGCAUUUGUAUAAUGUAGUUUUCAGUAGAACUGUAAUUUAUUUAUUUUGACGAUAAAAAUAGAAUGAUAAAAUCAUUAUGUUUUGUUAAAUAACCGAUUGUAAAUAAGUAUUUAUCAUUAUAACACUUUUUUAUGUGAACAUUGUGUGAUGUGUGUAUGGAAUUUUGUAAAAGAAAAAAUUGACGAACGGUCCGCUCUAGUGAAUCUAAGUAGUAAAACUGUGAUACCUAUACUUGUGCUUUGCACUUGCCUACUGUAUUUGUAUUUGUAAAGUGAUUUUAAUAAAAUUAAAAAUAUUAUGAUUUAACAAGAGAGAAGUAAAUGAAUAAAAUAAAUUCACUAAAUUUAGUCAACAACAUUUCGUCGGCACUUUCGCUGAAAUUAUCAAGCUGUUCGUUUGAAGAGUAAAUAUAUAUGUAAGCUAGAGUUGUAACACAUUGUCAGUCUAAUUAUGAAUGAUGUUUAUAACUUAUGACGAAACAAUGUACUUUAAAACAAUUGCCAAUAACAACCCUGUUCUUACCGCUUCAUAUCUUGUAAUUAUAGUUCGAUUGCUAAAAAAUUAUAUAGUAUAUAGUGCAAGAACAUCG